CCCCUCGUCUCCAUCUACAUCCGACCAUGGCUGCUUCUGAAGGCUCUCUCCUCGUUCUCGUCAGGUCCGGCGAGUCCGAGUGGAACAAGCUCAACCUCUUCACCGGCUGGAAGAACCCGGCCCUGACCGAGAAGGGUCGCGGCGAGGCCCUCACGGGCGCCAAGAACCUCGCCGCGGCGGGCUACACCCACUUUGACGUCGCCUUUACGUCGGUCCUCCAGCGCGCCAACGACACGCUCGCCAUCAUCCUCAAGGAGAUCGGCCAGGACGACCUCGAGACGUUCAAGGACCAGGCCCUCAACGAGCGCGACUACGGCGACCUCACCGGCCUCAACAAGGACGAGGCCCGCGUCAAGUUCGGCGAGGAGCAGGUCCACAUCUGGCGCCGCUCGUACGACGUGCCCCCUCCCGGCGGCGAGUCGCUCGAGCUCACGGCCAAGCGCGUCCUCCCGUACUACGCGUCGCACAUCAAGCCCCGUGUCGCCAAGGGCGAAAAGGUCCUCGUCGCCGCGCACGGCAACUCGCUCCGGUCCAUGAUCAUGCAGCUCGAGGGCCUCUCGGGCGACGAGAUUGUCAAGACGGAGCUCGAGACGGGCGUCCCCAUCGUGUACAAGCUCGACAAGGACGGCAAGGUUCUCUCGAAGGACAUCCUCAAGCACCAGUCGUAAACGAGCGGCGUCGUCGUCGUCGUCGUCUUGGUAGAGCAGCGCGCGCCCUCGUCGGUUUUCCCCUCCCUUCUCGUCGUGCAACUCGGGCAGUAUUCUCGGCCUGUCGCGGGCUCCU